AAAAGUUAAUCGAAUUAAUCCCUGGUGCUCUGGCCUCGUCGGAGGCCAAUCGAGAUCGCGGCGUUUUAUCGAUUUUGUUCGGAAAUUAACCGCGCGAUCGUUAAUCAAAAUGAGUCCUUUGGUGCGUCUGGUGCUGAUUCUAUCGCUGGCGGCAGAGGCUCGGUGCUUGUUUUCGGGUGGUGUCUUCGACCUAAACUUUUUCAAGUGCAUGUGGAGGAAAGACUACGACUGCCCGCAUGAGGAUAUACGAUUUUUCCUCUACACACCCACCGUCAGGAAGGGCAGACUGAUCGAUAUCACCCGGCCGAAGAGUGUCUUCCGGGCGGGCUUCAAGGCGCACCGCGAAACGGCCAUCAUCAUCCACGGCUUCAACGGGACGCAAACCAGCAAGCACAUCAUGUUCCUAAAGGACGCUUACCUCUCUCGCAAGUUCAACGUGUUCGCCGUCGACUGGGAGCGAAUCUCGGCUUACCCGUGUUACCUGUCGUCGCUCUCCAACACCAAACUGGUGUCUCAAUGCACCGCUCAGCUCUACUCGUUCAUUACCUUUACCGGGAGCCGCAGCAAGCAGAUCACGUGUGUGGGCCACUCGCUGGGGGCUCACAUCUGCGGCAUGAUGUCCAACCAUUUGACCAAGCGGCAGCAUAAAAUCAUAGGAUUAGAUCCAGCUAAACCAUUGAUCGAAAACCACGCUUCAACUCGGUUCCGGCUGACGAAAGAUGACGCCAAAGUGGUCCAGGUCGUGCACACCAAUGCCGGCUUCCUCGGGCAGAGUUCCUUUUCCGGAACGAUCGAUUUCUGCAUCAACGGUGGACAAACCCAGCCGUACUGUAAUGGUGAUCAGAUCAAGCAAGCCCGCUGUAGCCACUUUCUGAGUGUGUGUUACCUGGCGAAUGCCAUCUUUGCGCGAACGCACACCUCGAUGGCGUUCCGGUGUCCGAACGGGUGCGUCAAGAACAACCGGAUACCGUUCAUUCCGAUGCGGUACUCGGGCCGCAACCGGGGCCGGAUGAAAUACUACCGCAUCGGGCAGGAUACGCCGGAUGACGCCACCGGUGGUUACUGUGUUCACAUGGAGCAAGCAAUGAACUGUCCCUUCAACUAGUAAACGGAGAAACCAAAUGAGUUACCAGCAUGUAAAAAUGUACAAAUUGUGAUAUACCAUAUUUUUAAGUAAUUAAUUAAAAAUCGUAAUAAACAAGUCAAUGUACAUAAAAGAAGCAAAUAUAAAUGGAUUCAUUUUUAAGAAAUCAAGCCAUACUUCCUCUCACAU